AUGGUCGACGUCCUGCGAUUCAGGGAUGUGGCGCCGAGCACGGCGAGUGCUGCCAUGGUGUGGAAACGCCGUCGCAGAUACCGGUACAGCAGUGGCAGUACUGUGAGCGAGCCGGAACCGAAUCUGCUCUGGGGUGCCUGUUUGUUUUGCGUGCCAGCCCGAUCAGUGGCUUGCGACGCUGAGAGCCUCGAAGGAGCCAUGUUGACAAUUCCUGCCAUGCUGAAAACGGCCGAACAGUUCAGGCUAGCCUCGGCUGGUCCCCCUCAGCUUGCUCCUCACCAGGGAGAUCCGUCUUCCCCGUUGUCUCUGGAAAAUGUAUUUGGCCGUUUCGACGAUGAUAUUGUCGGGGAAAUGUGCGCUGUCGACCAAAUGCUGACGUCGAACUAUGGCGAGUCGGCCCACCACUCCGCUCCGUCGCUACCGUUGUGCAUUCAUGGCAGUUCGCCUGCAGGUGGUACUCCAUUCUGUAGACUGCAUCCAGAGGAUGUAGACUCUUCUGGUGGUGCGGUAAAACUUGAUCCAGCUGGUGUUGUGGAAGACGAAGGGCGCCCUGCCAGACAGAAUCCGAACCGCUCAGUCCCCGGUGUAGUUCAUCAGGGGGUGCGCUCGAUGCCCUCUCGAUGCUGGCGGGAUUGUGGCGGAUCUUCUGUACUGGACGGGUCCCCGGAUGAGCUCCACAUGCACGAUGAAAACACCUCUAGUGAACCGAAAGCUCUGGACGACACCAGACGCUCCUGGCACAACUCCUUGUUUGCCAGUCGGGGCAAUUCAUCGCCCAGCCACAAGACACUCCACGCAAAGGUUCAUGGUAGAAUAUUUAACGACCUGCUGGUCCCCAGCGGAAUGGACAUCGCUGAGCCAGCCUCCCGAAAAAAGGCUGAAGCAGGCGACGGUGUUCAAAGCGGUAUCUUUCACGCGUGUGGCUCAUGCGGUGGAGCGAAGCCGUUGACGCUCGAACAUUUCAAUGAGCCUACGAUCGGCAACAUUCUUUCGUGGUAUCGGACCGCCUCCCACGCAGUUGACAACGGCAGCGUCCGCAUAUGCUUCUGCCCCGGGCAAUCACAGAAUGGAGGUCAGGGAGGCCAGUUGACUCGCCCUGCGCUCGUCGCAUGGCAACGGAGUCUUCUCCGCGAGCUUUCUUGCCGUAGCGAAAUCGACGUGCUUCGCCCGAUGAAGAGCACAUUCUUUCAUGAGGCCCUUGCGGAAGGCAAGAAAGACGCGCGCGACCUCAGUCGAACCACCACGGUGGAAUCAACUGAAGACGACGAAGCCGAGACGCACAGCUCCCCCAUCGCUCUGCAGUGCUCCUUGAAACUUCCUGUCUGCGGUCACGCCGUCGACGAGCAGGCAUUCCGCUCCUGCGCAGCAGAGGCAAUGAGAGAAGAGGGGAAUAUGGUAUACAGCAGUGGCGCACAGUGGCGCGUGGCGUGUCCUGCGUGCGGAUGCAGACAGUUUGUGGGGGCAUCGCUCCUGAGCAGACUGUAUAUGAGGUGA